AUGACUGUGGGUGAUACAAAUAAAAAUUUACCUUGGGUAGAGAAAUACAGACCAUCAAAGUUAGAAGAUUUGGUGUCUCAUGAUGAUAUAAUCAAAACAAUUAGUCAGUUCAUGAAAGAGAAUCAAUUACCACAUCUAUUAUUUUAUGGACCACCAGGUACUGGAAAGACAUCAACAAUUUUAGCUUGUGCCAAACAAAUGUACACGCCACAGCAAUUCAAUUCUAUGGUGCUUGAAUUAAAUGCAUCGGAUGAUAGAGGAAUUGGAAUUGUGAGGGGUCAAAUUCUCAGUUUUGCUUCAACUAGAACAAUAUUUAAGGCUGGACCAAAGUUAAUUAUAUUAGAUGAAGCAGAUGCUAUGACAAAUGAUGCUCAAAAUGCUCUCAGAAGGAUAAUAGAGAAGUACACGGACAACGUUAGGUUUUGUAUAAUUUGCAACUACCUGGGUAAGAUCAUCCCGGCAUUGCAGUCUCGAUGCACGCGCUUUCGUUUCGCGCCUCUGCAACAGAAUCAGAUUGUGCCACGCUUACAGGAUAUCGUUGCUAAGGAAAAUGUAAAAAUAACUGAAGAUGGGAUUAAGGCCCUUCUUACAUUAUCAGGCGGCGACAUGCGAAAAGUCCUUAAUACGUUGCAGAGCACGUGGCUGGCGUAUCGUGAAGUGACGGAGGACAACGUGUACACGUGUGUGGGACAUCCACUUCGCUCCGAUAUCGACAAUAUACUGAACUGGUUAUUAAAUGAAAACGAUUUUGCUGCCUGCUUCAAACAUAUACAAGAUUUAAAAAUUCUAAAAGGUUUGGCCCUUGGGGACAUUUUAACAGAGAUUCAUACAAAAAUUCAGAGAGUGAAAUUCCCGCCAGAGGUUUUAGUGUCGCUGCUUAUUAAAAUGGCCGACUCAGAAGCAAGACUUGCUAGUGGUUGCAGCGAACGAAUUGAACUGGCAGCACUCAUUGCCUCAUUCCAACUUGCCAGGGAACAGAUUGAUAUUAGCUCCCUAUCGACGUCUUGA